UGUGCGAGAGAGACGCUGCGAGCCAGCCAGCAACACAAACACGUUGAGGGAGACAGCAGCCGGAGAACGUCCACAGCACGGGGGGAUAAACUGCGAGUGGACACCGAGGCGUCCGUGGGCUGCUUCCCGCCGGCUCGCCUCCCAGAAUGUUCUGCGCCCCCGGUCCGUUCCCACCACGGUACGCGAAACAGUCGCCGCGGCGUCCCCACGGACACUGAAGCCCAGAUGCUCACCCUCUCCGCCGACAUGGACGACUCCUCGUCGCUGCUGGAUCUGCUGGAGUGCUCGGUGUGCCUGGAGCGCCUGGACACCACGGCCAAAGUGCUGCCGUGCCAGCACACCUUCUGCCGCCGCUGCCUGGAGAACAUUGUCAGCUCCCGGAACGAGCUCCGCUGCCCGGAGUGCCGCAUCCUGGUGGACUGCGGGGUGGACGACCUGCCCGCUAACAUCCUCCUGGUUCGCCUCCUGGAUGGUAUCAAGCAGCGGCCCCAGCGAGGGAGCGGAGGAGGAGUAGGAGCGGGCGGCAGGCAGUCCCUAGCCGGGGGCUCCCUGCAGGGGUACGCAGCCGGGAUAUCCGCCUCUCCUCCGGGCACUGCGAUCAGAGAGCUGCCUGUGGCCACCAGGAGCUCCCCUGUUAAGAACAUCCCGGCGCUACCUUGCGGUAAAGCCCUCUACUCCUACGAGGGCAAGGAACCCGGCGACCUGCAGUUUUCCAAGGGUGACAUCAUCAUCCUGCGGCGCAAGGUGGACGACAACUGGUACCACGGCGAGCUCAACGGUUGCCACGGUUUCCUGCCUGCCAGCUACAUCCAGCUGCUGCGUCCCCUGAGCCAAACUCCACCACAGGGCAAAGCGUUGUACGACUUUGAGGUCAAAGACAAAGACCAGGAUAAAGACUGUCUGGCCUUCAGCAAGGAUGAGGUGCUGACAGUAAUCAGACGAGUAGAUGAGAACUGGGCAGAAGGCAUGCUGGGAGACAAGAUUGGCAUCUUCCCCAUUCUCUAUGUGGAGUUAAACGAAACAGCCAAGCAGUUGAUGGAGAUCGACAAGCCUAUGCCAGCCAACGCACCGGGUCCGAGCUCCGAGCCAGCCCCGUUGGACCCCUGCUCCCCGGGACCCUCCCCCAGUGCCUCCCCUUCCAAUGGAAACGGCUCUGGCCAUCGGAGAGGCGAAGGAAAGAAAAACGCCAAGAAGCGCCACUCGUUCAGCGCGCUGUCCGUCAGCCAGAGGGCCGCCCAGCUCAACAACAGACACAGCAUGGAGAUCUCCCACCCGGUCCUCAUCAGCUCCUCUGACCCCAGAGCCGCUGCACGCAUCCAGGAUGCAUCACCCCCGGGUCCCUCUCCCUCUUCGGCAGGGGUACUGGUGCCCCCUAAAGUGGCAUCUAUAACCUCUGAGCUGCUGGCCCACGCCAAGGUGCAGCUGCCACUCAACAUAUACCUGGCUCUGUACGCCUACAAACCCCAGAAGGCUGACGAGCUGGAGCUUCGGAAAGGGGAGAUGUAUCGGGUGACAGAGAAGUGUCAAGACGGAUGGUUCAAAGGCACCUCGCUGAGAACCGCUGCCUCUGGAGUCUUCCCAGGAAACUAUGUCACCCCGGUGUCCAGGGCUCCCUUUGGAGUUGGCGGCACUCGGGGCUCGUGUUUGUCCAGUCCAGUAGGAGGAAGUGGGUGCAGUCCGGUGGCGGGUAAAAUCUCCGACCCGUCGUCCCCGGGGUCCCCGGGGCCCUCUUCGUCCCGUCCCUCCACCCCCCUGGUAAACAACUCUGUCAACAGCAUCAGUCCCGCGUCCUCGCCGCAAACUGCCGCCGCCCAGCUAAAGAACUGCCUGCGCUCCAGCCAGCACACGGUGAACCAGGCACGCACCUCAAUGCAGCUGGUCCACAGUCCCCCUGCUGGAAGCCCAGAGCGCCCCACGGUGGCCAUCUCUCCCCUGCGUCCUCAGAGCUCCUCCCCCUCGCGCUGCCCUGGCCAAUCGGGUCGUCCUCUCUCCAUGGUGUCUCCAGGACCCAGCUUAGGGCCCUCGCCCCUCUCCUCCCCUGCCUCGCGUCCCAUCCUCCCCCUGUCCUCCCCUCUUUCUUGUCUCACUCCUCCGAACGUGUCAGCAGUGCUCCUCAACGGCGAGCCGGCCAGUCCACUGCAGCCUCCAUCGCCGGGCCCCUCCCACGCUCCCACCCAGGGCGCCCUCGCACCCAAAGCAGAGAAGAAGGAGAGGAAAGCAGGAGGUCUCUUAAAGCUCUUGUCGGGGGCCGCAGCCAAGAAGAAACCCCGCUCGCCCCCGUCCUCCCCGCCCACCCACGACCCCUCAUUGGCUGGCCAAGGCGCCGUGGCCACCGACCUCGCCCACCAUCCUCACCACCAUCACCACCACGCCCGCUCAGGUUCCUGUCCAAUGGCGUCGCAGGGACGAGCCGGCUCCUGUCCAAUCGAGAGCGAGAUGGCGGGGGCGAUGGGCCUGGAGCCUCUGCACAGGAAGUCCGGUUCCCUGGACACCAACUUCCCUAUGUCGCCCCCGGCAACACGCGCUGGCAAUGCUCUGAUGGUCCUCAGGCCUGAACCCAAACCCCUGUCCAGAGAGAGGUAUCGUGUGGUGGUGCCCUACCCGCCCCAGAGCGAGGCGGAGAUCGAGCUGCGGGAAGGAGACGUGGUGUUCGUCCAUAAGAAGAGGGAGGACGGCUGGUACAAAGGCACCCUGCAGAGGACGGGACAGACCGGCCUGUUUCCCGGCAGCUUCGUCGAGAGUUUCUGAACUGCAAAAAGUGAACAAACGAACACACACUGUUCCUGUUUCUGAGUCAUACAGCACACACGUUGACAAGACACACACACAUACACACAGGUUGGGCUGAUAUCGGAUUUCCAGAUUUAAAUUAUUGGAUUAGAUGUGAACACUGACCUAGAAAAAAAUAAACCUGCCUUAAUCUAAUUUGUCUGGAUUUAAGUGGAAAAUUUUAACAUCACACAUCAAACUUUUAAUAAUUAAAGCAACACCGGAGUUUGAAAUUAAAACACAUUAAAGCUGUCACAAAGCAUUAAUAAUGAAAACUUGGAAAUCCGUAUCAGUCCAACUAACUCAGACACACACACUGUCCAGGAAAGCGAGUCCCGGCUUCGACCAGCCCAGACACACGGAGCCGGGCAGCUUCCCCCAGAACCCGGCCAGCGUCGGGCUCCAUCGGACUCGUCUCGCAGACCCGUGAUGUUGACUACUGAAGGCACACAGACUCACAGAAGGACGAACCCUGCCUCCCCCGUUCUCCUCCUCCUCCUCCUCCUCCUCCUCGGCAUCAUCCACCAGCAAACACUAGCACAAGAAGCAUUAGCUCUGCUUUUCCACUGAGACCUCAGAACUUGUAUUCGGGUGCUUUCUACGUCCGAGAAGUGAAAAUAUUUCACGGCCAGGCGGCGAGGGAAGUGCGUGAGCCGACACUCCAGGAUCAUUGUAAGCACAUCUCCGCGUCCAGCGUGUGACGAGCACAUGUUUCUUUUCAACCCGAUAUAUGUUAACGAUGCAUGUAGCAUUCUCUCUCUUUUCUUUUUUUUUUAUAUGUUGAAAUAGAUGUUUGUGUUGUCAUGCUGUGAUGGUUCGUCACAGGGAGUUUAAUAUGAAAUCAAAUGGUGCAAAUAGUCAGAUAUGAAUUAGGUCAUUUGGGUUUUUUUUCUAUUUAUAUAUCUGAGUAAAUACAACUUUUUUUUAAAUUUUACUUUUAUUAAAUUAGAUUUUCAUAGACCCCACAGCUGGAUUAAACUGAAUUAACUGGCUUGUUGAAUGUAAAAAAAAAAAAAAAAAGGAGCAGUACGUUACACCAAAAGUCUUUUAAAGAAUUAAUUUGUAUUUAUAAAGUUGUUUUUGAACUUCUGUAUGAGAUUAGAAAAAAAGAAGAAGAAAUGCACUUGUUAAUAUUUGAUACAACCUGCCAGUAUAUCGACAUAUACAGUAUUUUACACGUGUAUUUACUUGACAAAAGGGAUUUCCACUGCUGCUUGUCACAUCCUUCUGUUAUUAACAUGAGUUUUCUUUAAGCAGGCACAAAUUUCUUUGCUGGGACAAAAAUGACUAAAUCUUUAUCCAGCCUUUUUUAGUCUGACAAACGAACAGAUAAAAAAAAAAAGUUUCCAAUGUGGGCGCUCCUCGGAAAUUCCCUACUUGAAAUACAAUGAGUUCUGUCACAAAGAUUGCUAACAGUAAUUCCUCUUGCUAAGCCUUUUUCUUGAGAUACAGUCGAUAGUUUUUUUUUUUGUCUGACUGCAGCAAUACUGCGAAGCCAAACGGAUUCGAAGAAUGUACGAUCGAGGCGGGGAAGCGCCUGUGAGUCAGAGCGCAGGGACGCAAUCCAUCGUACAACUGCCAGCCUUUGACCUUUUCGUCCGAUUCUUACCGACCUUUAACGAGUAUUUUUGUACCGCUUCAGUGAGCGUGUAGUCAGUCUGCUUCUGUGAAUUUUUAACGUCCUGAAUGUGGAUCCGGGCCCGUCGUCUAGUUUACAUCCUGCCACAACCAUCUACCUUGUUUCCCUGUUGGUGGAGAGAGAAGCACAGCGACGCUCAGACCUCGAGGCCGCACGAGGACGUCAGACAGCGAGAGGUCAGCAGUGACAAGAGCACAGUUACAGGGCAUGAGCGACUGUCCUCACCUGCUUUUUUUUGUUUGUUCUUUUUGUUUUAAACUGGGCCAAAAAUGAAGCACAACAGCUCGUUCAUUUACGGAGCACACAAACGUCUAAUUGGCUCUAACUUGAUGGUAAACAAGGAGUCUGUUGUUGGUGAAGCACUGUUGAGUCACAUCGGGAAGACAAUAAACACAAACAGACGGAGAACACUUUGGUCCACGCGGACUGAAAAUGGCACAAAACAACUUCUUUUGUUUAUUUGUUUGUUUGUUUUUGGCAUUUUAUCAAUGAAAGCUUCCCAGAGUCGACCGAACUCUAGAGGACAAAAAAACACACAGUUUAGAAACUUAAGUCGGGUUUUUUUUUCUCCCAAAUGAUCCGACUGAAGAAUAAACACCCGGGUAUGAGGGAGACCUUCCAACCAGAUCUCCACAGAUUUGCAGAAAACAAGACAGGAGCACAGAUGAUAAAUCAGAAGUGUGGCUUUUUAUUAACUUCUUUUCCCCCUCGAUUAGCUCUCACACUUUGAUAUAUGAGUAUAUUCUCAGCAUAGUAAAGAAAAAGGAGACAAGCAGGCCUGAGAUUUAAAAUGCAAGCGUGAUUUAUCACCGUGUUCACGCUGGACUCUGAAGUGAAGGUGACCUGUCAUGAUGCUGUAAUCAUCUCCUGACCGGUGGCGGUGCACUAUGGGUAAUCCUGGAGCGACAGAUAAACCAAAAAACAAAACACUCGAUCACAAGCGUCACACGAGCUUGAGUUAGAAGUUUUUCAUUUUGUAUGGAGCAGCCAGCGUGACUCUUUACACGUUAAACUAUUUGAUCUUAUUUUAUAUACCAGACUACGAUAUUUGUAUGAGUUUCAACGAGGUGUGUUUCGAUUCCGUCGAUUCAAAGUGCCAGUUUGUUUUCCUUGAACAUAACAAACAGGAAAUGUCAAAUUUUGGAUAUUAGUUAUUGGAAACUUCGAUCUGAACAUCUAUCCACUGGCCUUCAAACCCUGUCAGUCAAACCCUAGUGCCUACAAAUGUCAGCACACACACACACACACAAAUACACACUCCUACUAGUUACUCUAUAGGCCAGACCUCUCUCCCACUUUUCUUUGUACGCGUAUGAGCACGAUGGUUGUUUUUCAAUCAGAUCGAGCUCGACGACAAAAAAACCAGCAGACCCCAGAGGAGCUCGGCGCAAACCCCGAGCAGAGUUUUUACGUUUGCGAGGACUCUAAUUUCUAUCGAGUGAAACUUAAGCACAAGUCCUCGUUUGUGUUCGACAGAUCAAACGCGCCUCCACGGUGUUCUUUUUUUUUCACGGCGAGGAGAACGAGUUUACAACAGUCAAAACACGUCAGGAAUAAAAAAAAAAACCACUGCACGGUGGUCACUUUACAUGAAGCUAACUUGAACCGCCGGUUUCUCCGAUGUUCUCAUGUGUUUUAAUUACGUGAUGUGAGCUUGUCGUUUGCUCUCAGCUUCCUGGUUGUAAAUACCACUUCAUUCAGACGGCUUGAAAAAUGUGAACAAGCGGCCAACAGCUGCGCUAAUUCCCACUGGACUUGAACGCAACAUAAAACAAAAAUGAUCAAAUUAUCCCACAAACUUUUUUUUAUUUUUUUGUCAUCCUUCCAGGAAGCCUGAGCUCUCACCCUGCCAUCUUGAAUUAGAUGUCGGUCAUAUUUGUUCCUAUGGAUACUUGGGUGUUUGUGUGUGUGUGUGAGAGGGCGGGAGGAGGCCUCUGUAUGUAGCUCCUAACACAGAAAAGAAACUUUAUGGAAAGAGCUCGGUGCAGCAUGGGCGCUCAUGCCUCAUCGGGGACUGAGUCGGGAUGAAAACGGUGGUACAGUGAGAGAAACAGAGAAGAAGAAGAAAAAAAAAGUAUAUAUAUAAUUCUAUAUUGUGCAGAAUAUUUAUAGGCCUUUUGUGCCAUUGAAGUCAUGCUCUGUGCUGGCCACGCCCAGCGCUCUCUACCAUGUGAUCAUUAUGCAUCGUCUUGUACUGAUGACCCGUGGUUGAUUUGAUUGUUUUUUCAUGUCAAGUGCAUUUUUCGCAAUAAAUGCCUUUGUUUUAAAACAGA